ACAGGGGGUCCCACUGUAUGACAACAGAACAGUAUGACACGGCAGAAACAUCCAGAACGAAAAACAUUACAGCACAGUUCACAAUGCGCAUUGUGGGAAAAAAAUACUGUUUCUAUCGGCAGUAACGUUCGGGAAAAGGGAACCAUGACAAAUGUUUAGCAGGAUGUUUGGUUGUGAGGAACGACGUUCCAAAAACAAACUUGUGCAGAGGGCGAGAGACAGAAUCAAGAAAGAUGGCGAGAUGACAAACCGCAUUGCAGAGCUGGACAGUAUCUGUGGUGUGAUGCAAAAGGCUGAGUUUGAGGGCUCCACCCAGGCUGGUUCCAUGAAGACCCUGAAGCUGAGAGAGCUGACCCAGCAGAGAGAGACUGAGCUGGGAAAGACUGCUCUGACGAUGGUCCGUAGAGCAGCACUGCAGGCCCUCCUGGAGCAUGAGAGACAGCAGUAUGUCAUAGAGCUCAACAGACUGGGCAAGACCAUCUACAAACAGAGAGUCUAGACUCUAGUCUCUACUAGACCCAUAACAACACCAAAGACCAUCUGAAGUUUAUGCUGAAAGCCAUCUAGCAGCUAGGAUGUGUGAACAAAUAUAGAAUACUUUGAAGUAUUAAUGUGAAAACAUUUACUCACAACCAUCUACAGGCAUCUUAUUUUCAAUCAGACCUUUUUUUAUUUAUGUAAAUACAACGACGUAAAACUGUAAUCCUAAAGAUAAAACACAUAUUAAUGUGUGUUUUAUCUUUAGCAUUACAGUUUUACAUCGUAUUUCCAUAAAUAAAAAAAGGUCUGAUCUGUACAGAAGCAGAGUGGAUAAACUGAUUCUGUAAAAGUACACUUUUAAGCAAUUUACAUUCCAGUAAACGAAUUACUGGGCCUCAUGUCACCUUAACAAAACAGGAAUUUGUGUGACAGUCAGGGAGGUAGCACUGUACAUAAACAAAACACAUACAGUGGGGCAAAAAAGUAUUUAGUCAGCCACCAA